GUCAAUGCUCUUCAGAGCGAUGCGAAGCAUGGUUGUGCUCUCCAUCCUCCACGUGUCGCGCGCACUGCUGUUGCCGCAGCGCUCACUCGCGCCACGCGCCAGCAUCCGCCUCGCCCUCGACAGCCUUCUGGCCAACCCUCGUAUCACUGCGAACGACACGUAUGCCGAGGAGUCCAGACAGUACCGCCGCACCGUCUAUAUGCACGACGAGUGGAUUAAGCACCGCUCGAGCGACCGCUUCUUCCGCAACAUGAUGACCAUCGGGCAGAGCGGCGUCACGCAGAACCUGGGCGACGAGCUCGUCGUUUUCACUUCGAUCGCCACGGCCGUCGUGGGCGCGAACAUGCUGCUGCAGUCGUACACUGACCUCGAAGGCGUCAAGCACGCGGGUGCCUUGGCAGGCCUCUGGCAGUGGGGCCCGUGGAGCCUGCCAUCCAUGCCCUUCACCGUGGCGAUGCCCGCGCUGUCGCUGCUCCUCGUCUUCCGCACAAAUACGGGCUACGCGCGAUGGAACGAGGCGCGCACGCUGUGGGGCGGCGUGGUGAACACAUGUCGCAACGUGGUGCGCCAGUCCAACACCUUCUACCCGCGCACGCUGGAGGGCAACAUGCUGCGCGACCGCCAAAAGGCCAACACCGCCGCCUUCUGCAAGGGGCUGCGCAACUUCCUGCGCGGCCCGACGGACGACGCCGUGUACCGGAGCGAGCUGCUGGAAAUGGCCGAGGCGGGCCUCAUUCCGCGACGGCAGGUGGACGCCUGCAUGGCCGCGAAGAAUCGGCCGAUGUUUUGCCUCUCCGCCAUGUCGCACAACAUCCGCCAGGCGGAGCUCGACCCCAUGUCGCGCGCGCGCAUGGACCAGUCGGUGGCUAUGCUGGUCGACCUGACGGGCGCGUGCGAACGCAUCUUCAAGUCGCCCGUGCCGCUGGUGUACACGCGUCACACGGCGCGCUUUCUGACCUCGUUCAUGAUUUGCGUGCCGUUCGGGCUAUGGGAGGCGACAGGCAACUACUGGAACCAUUGGCUGACCAUACCGGCGACGGCCUUCCUCGCCUUCUUCCUCUUCGGCAUCGAGGAGAUCGGCAUCCAGAUCGAGGAGCCCUUCUCCAUCCUGCCGCUAGAGGCGUUGUGCAGCGGCGCCAUCUCCGCCACGAUGGACGAGAUGGUCGAGGCCAACGAGGCCGAGAGUUUCCUCUUUGACGAUGAGCUCGCCGCCCUGCCGACCCCCUCCCCGUCGCCUGUCUCGAAGCCGGGCCGCGUCAUCAAGGUCGGCUCGGUGGAGGUUAUCGUCGGCGGCUCGGUCGUGCCGACGUCACCGAAGUAGUGACUUCUGGAGCUCGGAUACAUUCUGAGAUCAGGUUCCACUGGUAGAGCCGUAGGGUCUGACUGCCGUACCCCUAGGUUAGCUCUUAGCGCAACGAAAACACUUGGCGAAACCGUCCCUAGACGCCUUGUACCCAAAUCGAGCAUCC